AUGGGCCAACAAAUCGAACGUACUUUUUUGCAGAGUCGACCUUCAUACAACCGACCGCCCGCCGUUAACCUCCCAUUUACCGUUGAACAAUCUCUACCAACCGUCCAAACCGAUGAUGACCACAGACCGUUGAUAACAUCCCCUGAGUCCAGGCGAUUAGCGAGGGAGUUUGCGAAAUCAACAAGGAGAGUUUCCUUUGCGUCAUCACCUACCGUAACCGCUGGGGUGAGAGAAGUAGGUAGCGAAGUCUCAACGGCCAAGGAAAUCGAACUGACGACCGAAGAUCCGUCGACGAAACCGCCGAAAACUACCAAUUAUUCCGUUCCUACUGUUCCUGUAUGGAAAUGGAGCCUUACAUUUGAUGGGUCAUUCGAGUCCAUCUACGAGUUGUUACGUAAGGAUGCAAGAGACUGGUACAUUCCCCGAAGAGGCACAUUCAGCGACUGGACAGAUUUCAAAGACCAACUCCGAGAGGCCUUUCUUCCUCCUGAUUACGAGGAGAUUCUACUAGAGGAGAUCAAGAAACGCACUCAAGGAACCGAUGAACGACUAUUGUUGUAUGUAACUCGAAUGCAAAAUCUGUUUCAGAAACUGACCGUAAAGCGACCUACCGAGGAAGAGCAGGUGAAUAUCAUCCGACGACGUUUACUGCCAGAAUUACAAACCGCCCUAGCCUUCCAACCGACUUCCACGAUAGAUGAACUGCUCCGGAAGGGAAAAGUUUUUGAAUUGGUCAAAUGGCAAACCGCUAACUAUACUUCGCCACCAUUCCAAAAGAGUCUCAUCAACGAACCGCAUCUUACCUUCCGAAAUCACUCACCGAACGUCCAACCGAUCGGAAUGCACCUCAGCCCACUGUCCGAACCGUCCGAUAAACCGAAACUUGUCCAAAACACUACGGCACGUCAGAGACAAGAUGAACCGAAGAAUACCGCCCGACCGCCAACCGAAACCCAGUGCUGGAGAUGUGGUGGUAAAGGCCAUAUCCAAACACAGUGUAUAUCGAAACCGAUACUUUUCUGCUCUCGAUGUGGAGACAAGGAGUUCCAGGCACUCUUGGACACCGGAUCAACCAGGUCCUUCAUCAGCAGUGAAGUGGCUGCUCACUGCAAGGCCGCUGGAAUAAAACCGAAUUAUGUCGAGUUAAAAUAUAAAGAUGUUCUUGCCUGA